CAGGAAAGUCGAUCCUUUACUUUGGAUGAAUCAAAAGGAUAUUUUCUGCCUCAGGCCAUCAUCCCGUGGGAUCCGCCAAUGGCUUUCUCGCCUCCAGCCAGGGACUGUCUACUUACCACCUCGAUCAUCGAGUUUUAAUUUGGGAUCCCAAUGUACCAAUCUUCAAGACUCUCUAGCAAUCGGUUGGCUUCUUUGAACUGGCUAGCCUCAAAGCGACCACUAUUCUCUACCUCUCGUAACUCGUUAUGUUUUCCAAAAAGUCCUGGAAGUUAUCAACAACAAACAGCCAUAUCCACUGCUCAGUGGACAUCGGUGCCACGGAGUUUCCCAUCCUCUGGAUUCAAGUUACUUAACUCAUCUUUAUUAUUAGCCAAGUUAGGCUAUGGAGUCACUUCCACUGUAUGGUUUGGUUGUGACUUGGUGAACUUCAGUUAUGUUGCUUUAAAAGUAUACAUGACAGGUGAGAAAAGAGACGAUGAACUGAAGAUCUAUUAUUAUUUAAUUCAAUUUGUUCAAAAGUUAUUCAAUCAUUUCAUUAUCACAGAUCCCCACGGUCAACAUAUCUGUCUCAUUCAUAAAUCCUUGAAAAUAAGCGCGAGUGAGCUGCUGGAAUGGAUUCCGGGAAAAACAGUAACUCUUAAAAAUAUAAAAGUUUGUAUCCGACAGUUACUAGUUGUGUUAAACUUUUUACAUUCUAUAACUGGGGUGGUCCACACAAAUAAUAAUCUGCUUCUUCCCACCCCAAAGCCAGAGACACUCUCUAACUUUAAGAAAGAAAAGAUAAAAACACCAUCAGCACGAAAGGUGCUUCAAGAUCAUACAAUCUACAUAUCCUCCCACUUCCCUCCUGGAAACAGACUACCACUUCUCACUAAUUUCAGCGAAGCUCGGCUUAACAAUAAGAAACAUAAUAAAGAUAUUAUACCAAACCCUUACAGAGCGCCUGAAGAUUAUAAAGUUGAUAUCUGGAAUAUCACUAUAAUUAUAAGCAGAAAUCCAGAUGGGAUUUUUGAUGAUCAUAUCCAUUUUGCAGAACUGGUUGCACUCCUAGGCUGCCCACCACCUAGUUUUUCCCCGAUUCCUGAUAUUACAUUCGAAUCCUUAACUGCCAACAUCAGAAAGGAAGACAAGGAUGGGUUCCUACGGUGA